ACGUGGGAGUAUUUUAGGGCCACCAUCCCCAGAAAUGCCAAGACAAGAGCGAUCGUGUCCUGCAACGUUUUAUCGCGGGCCGGACCAGCCCAGCACUCAGUGUCGUGGGAUUCGCCACUCAGUGCACAUGGAGGGAGUCAGUCAUCAAGGUAUGCAGUGGGAGUGUGGGCGAGGGGGGGCAGGCCGGGACCAGGUGCCCGGCAAGGACAGGUGGGGGGUGGUGGGGGUCGCCGCCGCCCCCCAUCAGGGCGGCUUCAUCCCGGGAAGUCUCCAGGCGGGGAGCUGCCUCAUCACCUGCGAGGGAAACACGGUGGUCAAGCCCGACUUCUACACACUGAACCCCGGAGGCACUGACUUGGUGUGGGCGGCCGCGGGCGAGGGGAAGGUGCCCUUGGGUGCCGUGCAGGGGGGAGUCUCGGAGUCAGGAGAAGACCUCUACAUCGGCAGGUGCAAGGUCGAUGGCAAAAAACUGUAUGGGAAGGUACAGCCAAGUCAGCAAGGUUGUCUGGUGCCACUUGCUGGGGGAGAGGCGAACAGCAGCUCCUACGAAGUGCUGUGCGCGAGGACGGUCCUCACCAACUUCAAGUCAUUCAUAAACGCCUCCCGACGAGUCAGCUCCCCCGGCAGCAGCGUCGUGACCCGCCUCUCGUCCCUCGCUCCCAUCUCGCCCAUCACGCCCAUCACGCCCACCAAGAGACGGCCGCUACGAGGGUCGGGCGACUCGUGGCGGAGGCUGGCGACGCCCAACAGCAGCAGCAACAUCCUGCAGCUGUCGGGCUGUCUCAAGAGCGCCGUCACCCGCACCACAAGCACAGUCAAGUCCCGGAAGCUGAGCGGCCCGUUUCCGAGCUCGCCAGGCAGUCCGCGCCCGCCCGCGUCACGCACAGCCAGCCCCGGCGACCUGGCCUUCGUCACGCCCAGAUCUCGUGUGGGGAGUCCUCGCACGCCCACCAGCCACUCGCCAACCGCCCGCGCGCCCACCAGCCGCUCACCCACCCCCCGCCGCCCACCAGCCGUUCCCCCGCCUCCCACACACCGCCCAAACCCCGCAUUCUCAAGCGCGCGUCGCCCGUGGAGGACUUCUCCCCCGGCAGCUGGGUGAGGCGGCGGGGGAGGGGCGUGUGCCGCCUACGCCGCUGUUGAAAGGCGGGCGCCUUAUGGUGGGCGGGGGGCGCGCCACCCUAGGAAUCCCCCCUGAUGAGGUUCUGUUGCUAGUGUGAUUGUAUAAUAAAAAUUACUAACAUGUUG